GGCUUUCUCUUUCAGGACGACGCACAGAGCCCGGAGGACAUCGCAGGCAGCUCCUCAGCGAACGACUACACCAAUGUCAUCUCCCGAGUGGGCGGAAGGGCGACCCUGAGGAUGCAAUCUGACGACGGGGAUUCCUCUGGCCAGGAAGGAACCCCAGGAGACAGGCCGAGAUUUCGAAGGCCUCACCCAGGAAGGAAUCGAACUCGGCUGAGGAUUAGCGGGCGACGAAGGAGGCCUGGGAUGUCUGGAGGCGCACAUGGCGAGGCUGAGCACGAAGCUACCGAGGACUCCCACGCAGAGUCCGAAACACAUCACGAAGGCGAGACCGAUGUACACACGACACAUCGACAGGGUUUCAGCUCGAGUGAUCUGCCGCAUGUUGAUCCAGAAGGUCUAUCUGACGAGGAAAUCAACAGAGGAGCAGCAGGCAGGACUAUAAUUAGAACUUCAGUCCAUCACGGAAGCAGCUCUUCCUCCCAUGGAGAUGAAACACGGAGAGAACAUUCCACUGGCGAGGGGUCGGAAUACCACGUCGAGUAUUCCAGAACGGCAUCACCGUACGAGGUCGAUGGCACUGCUUACCAAGAGCCAGGAGCCAGUGCUUCCGGUCAGGGCGACGCAGGAGGCGCUUAUGAAGAAGAAGAGGAUUAUGGAGAAGAGGAAGAUUAUGAUGACUACGAAGACGAGGAAGAUUACGAAGAAGAAGAUUAUGCAGACGAGGAGGAGGAGGAGGAAAAUUAUGCAGAUCAUGAAGAGGAGCGACAGCAUCAGAGCGAAAGGCACGAAGAGAAUUACAUCUACACCGCUGGCCACAAUGCAGAGGGCUAUUCCCAUUCCGAAGGCGAGGACGCUACUCUUCAUACCGGCGCUGAUGGAAGCCAAUUUGAAGCAGAACGUUCCGGUGCCAGAGACCGCGAAGGUGCCAGAGGGCGACCAGGUUUCAGAGGCCGCCCUGGUUUCAGAGGGCGUGCCGGGGCGAGGAAUCAAACUGGGAUAAGAGGUCAGGCUGGCGGAAGAGGCCAAGCCGGUGGCAGAGGUCAAGGAGGUGGAAGUGGUCCACCUGGUGGCAGAGGCCCACCUGGUGGCAGAGGUCAAGGUGGUGGCAGAGGUCGUAUUGGUGGCAGAUUCCGUCCUGGAGCCUUUAACCGGACUGGUUUGGCUGGGGGAAGAGGUCAAGGCCAGGCUGGAGGCAGAGGUCAGGGCCAGCCUGGGGGCAGAGGUCAAGGCCAGCCUGGGGGCCGAGGUCAGGGCCAGCCUGGGGGCAGAGGUCAAGGCCAGCCUGGGGGCAGAGGUCAAGGCCAGCCUGGGGGCAGAGGUCCAGGCCGUUUCGGUGGCAGAUUCCGCCCCGGUCGUCCGGGCGGCGCUAACCGAACGGCCGUCCUAGACCGGACAGGUGGCAGACGCCGCUUUGAUGGCAGAGGUCGUCCGGGAUUCAGGAACCGCACGAGGGACCACGGCGAGGAUGGGCUUUCCGUGACCGCAGGGGAAGGAAGAGAAGACUAUGACACACGAACCGACACCGAAGAAAGCUAUGACACGAGAGACGAAUACGAGACAAGGGAGGAAGAAACAGAAGCCGAAACUAGGGAUCCAUAUGACACAAGCGAUGCAUACGACACAACGGAGUCGUAUGACACAGGGGAAGAACAUGACACCAGUGAUCCCUAUGAUACUAGGACAGAGCAUGAAACGAGGGAUCCAUAUGACACAGGAGAUCCAUAUGGCACCAGAGAUCCUUAUGACACAACGGAUCCAUAUGACACUGAGGAUGAAUAUGAAACACGGGAUCCAUACGACACAAGUGAUCCUUAUGACACAACGGACUCAUAUGACACUGAGGAUGAUGAAACGGAUCCUUAUGACACUGAGGAUGAUGAAACGGAUUCUUAUGACACUGAAGAUGAAGAAACGAGAGAUCCUUAUGACACUAGAGAUCCUUAUGACACUAGAGAUCCGUAUGACACCAGGGAUCCUUAUGACACUAGAGAGGAAGAAAGGAGGGAUCCGUAUGACACUGAGGAAGAAGAAACACGGGAUCCAUAUGGCACCAGAGAUCCUUAUGACACAACGGAUCCAUAUGACACUGGAGAUGAAGAAACAAGAGAUCCAUAUGAUUCGAGAGAUCCUUAUGACACAAGAGAGGAAGAAAGGAGGGACCCAUAUGACACAAGAGAAGAAGAAAGGAGGGACCCAUAUGACACAAGAGAUCCUUAUGACACAAGAGAGGAAGAAAGGAGGGACCCAUAUGACACAAGAGAUCCUUAUGACACUAGAGAGGAAGAAAGGAGGGACCCAUAUGACACAAGAGAUCCUUAUGACACAAGAGAUCCUUAUGACACUAGAGAGGAAGAAAGGAGGGACCCAUAUGACACAAGAGAUCCUUAUGACACAAGAGAGGAAGAAAGGAGGGACCCAUAUGACACAAGAGAUCCUUAUGACACUAGAGAGGAAGAAAGGAGGGACCCAUAUGACACAAGAGACCCGUAUGACACACGAGAGGAAGAAAGGAGGGACCCUUAUGACACAACGGAUCCACAUGACACUGGAGAUGAAGAAACAAGCGACCCAUAUGGCACAAGGGAUCCCUAUGACACCAGAGAUCCAUACGACACGAGUGACCCAUAUGACACCGAUGACGAGACCGAAGCGAAGGAAGAAACAGCCCAUGACACCGAAAGUACGACGCCUGACACAACUGACACGCCUGAUCCAAGCGGCCAAUCUGGUGUCAGGGGUCGUGGCGGCGCUGGUGGGCGCGCUGACGGCAUGGGCAGGGGUCACCGCCCCCUUGCUCCCGGGGUGGGCGGCGAAGGAGAGGACAGGGCCACUCUGCCUCUGCUGCCCCCUCGCUGUUGCGGAAGUCAGGUGCCACUUGACCCCAGCAACGCCUUGGCCACAGGAGGAUUCACCCGGGUGUCUGCGGCAGGCUCGGUGCAGGUGAUCGACAUCCCCGGCAAGGACACGGACGCCUUCCCUCCCGCGGCCGUGAGGGACCUGCGCGUCACGUCCGUUGCAGGAGACCGGAUCACACUCGCUUGGACGGCUCCGGGAGAUGACCUGGAUGCUGGGAAAGUCUCGGGGUACAUCAUGCGCCUCAGUGACAACCGCCGCGAUCUCAACGAGAGGAUGUUCGACUACGCCCCCAACGUCACGCUCAUGGAUGUGACCGACGUCUUGAAGGAGGCCAACGUUUUCCAAGACGCCGGGAAGGUGGUGAGCGUCCAACUCGCGAUCCAGAGCAGCGUCGAGAGGCGAUCCAGAAGAAGCAACCAGUACUUCGUGGCCUUGAGAGCCGUGGAUGACUACGGGAACAAGAGCCCCGUGUCCAACGUGGCGAGGUUCCGGCUGCCCUCUCGGCGGGGUCCCGGGCGGCCGCUGCACCCCGUCCUCGCCACCGGACCGAGGACCCUUCGGCAGCCGGGCAGCCGCGGGUUCCCUGGAGGCCGAGAGGCAGAGGUCGGGUCGGGAUGGGAAGGACCACGACUCCGGAGCCCGAGGAGGAGGCCACGACAGCACCGGAGGAGGGCGACCCGCGGGAGGCUGAGGAGCCGACGGACCCGUGGCAAAUCCAGCCCACUUACCCCGUUGAACCCACUUACCCUACUUACCCUGCAGAACCCACCGAACCCGCUUACCCUUACCCAACAGAACCUACUGAACCCACUUACCCCACCGAGCCCGCUUACCCAUACCCAACAGAACCCACCGAGCCCGCUUACCCAUACCCUGUCGAGCCCACCGAAGCCACUUACCCCACAGACGCCGCGGAGCCUUUCGACACCGUGGAGCCGACGGAGCCCGGGAUGGAAACCGAAACGACGAAGACUCCGGACGAGGAGGAAUCCAAGAAGGAGCGGAAAAAGAAGAAGAAAGACCGAAAGAAAAAUAAGAAAAACAAAAACAAGAAGGGGCAAAAGAAGAAGAAGAAGGACCGCAAAAAUCAGGAUCCGGAAGGCACUGACUCGCCGGACAGUGUUUCCAACGAGACGUAUACGUACAAGGCGGAGGGCUGCGACCUGGACAUCACGGCGCCGCCCGUCAUCAGUCUGUGUGACUCCCGCACCGCCGUCGCCACCGUCAUAGCCUACUUCGAGCAGAUCGACAACUUCACCCACAUGGAUGAGCUGUGGCAAGUCGUGGCCACGCUCGAGUACCUUGCCAAAGUGGGGGAGAUGGACCAGGAUUACGAAGACGCCAAGUCACCCUAAACUAAAACCAACCCCCCCCCCUGUGUGCUGUACAGAAUAAGACUCUACGUUGUAUGAAGAGUUUACUUACUUUAUAUUUCAUUUCGUUCACGUUUGUUUGUUUGUUUGUUUGUUUGUUUUUUGGUUUGGGUUAUCUAUCUCUAUCGCGACAACUCCUUUUGUUUAUUCUUUUUUUUUUAUAUACUGAAGCUAGAUUUUGUUUACAUUUCAUUACAUUACUGUUAGAUGUUCAUACGCCAUUUUUUUCUUAUAUUCCAGUUCGAUUUUAUCUUUAUAUCGCAGCUAUGUUUAAUUUUGUAUCAUAUUGCAGCUACACUCGUUUAUUUUUCCUUCAGUUACAGCUAUAUUUCAUUAAUUCUUGUCUCUGUCUAUAUAAAAACGGUGUUUGAUGUGAUAUAGACAAGAGAGAAGUAAGCAUAAUAUAUAAUCUGUCUUGUUGACAUAGACUUUUUAAAAUCAAAAUAUACGGAGGUUUUAUAAUUUGUUAUUAUGUUUAAUGACAUUUCAUCGACGGCGAAUCGCAGUUUCAAAUUCAUUAAAAAACAAUAAUUAAUUUAAGAAACAGAUAUUGCUAAAAAAUAAAAAUAAAGUCAUAAAAAGGUCA